AUGACUACACCGGCAGGCUCCGGCACCGGCUUCGGUUCUGUGUCCUGGUGGGGUUUCUCCCCGGCGCUGGACCUGCAGGCUGAAAGGGCUGCUUCAGGGGGCAGUCUGGUGGCCACCAACCCCAAGCUGGCUGUCGCCUCGCCAGGUCCUCCUGUGGACCCAGACUCGCAGGCGGGAACGGAGCACGGAACUUCUACGCUAGAUGUGCUACUGCUGGGCUCCGUGGAUGGACGGCACCUGCUGCGGACGCUGGCCCGGGCCGCGCGCUGGCCUCGCCGGAAGUUCAAUUUCCAUGUGCUGGAGAAUAACCUGGAAGCUGUAGCCCGGCACAUGCUGAUCUUCAGCCUCGCCCUGGAGGAGCCCGAGAAGAUAGGGCUUCAAGAGAGGAGCGAGACCUUCCUGGAGGUGUGGGGGAACGCCCUGCUGCGCCCCCCGGUGGCCGCCUUUGUGCGCGCCCAGGCCGAGCGCCUGGCGCACCUGGUCCCGGAGCCUGACCGCCUGGCGGAGCAGCUGCCCUGGCUCAACCUGGGCGCCCUGAAGUUCCGCGAGCGCGACGCCCUGGAGGCUGUGUUCCGCUUCUGGGCCGGCGCGGAGACGGGGCCCGAGGCCUUCCCCAUGAGCCGCCUCUGGGACGCGCGGGUGCGCCACUAUCUGGGCUCCCGCUAUGACGCCCGGCGGGGUGUCAGCGACUGGGACCUACACAUGAAGCUGUAUGACCGCGGGUCCCAGCGUGGCGAGCGCGUGGCGGCGCGCGGGUACUGGGGGGACAUCGCCACGGGGCCCUUCGUGGCCUUCGGCAUCGAAGCGGACGACCACAGCCUCUUGAGGACCAGCAACGGGCGGCCCGUCAAGACCGCCGGGGAAAUCACCCAGCACAACGUGACAGAGCUGUUUCAGGAAGUGGCCGCUUGGCGGCGCGCAAGAGCCACGCAUCGGGACCCAGAGCAGGUGCAGGAGGCGGAGGGUGGAAACCUGCCGCCAGCGGGCCCCGCCCAGGAUUCCUUCACGGUCCACUUCCUGUCCCUGAGCUCUGCCCACACCCUCCACCACAAGAGCUGCUACCAGGGCCGCUUCCAGCUGCUCUAUGUGGCCUGUGGAAUGGUCCACCUUCUCGGCCCUGAGCUCGGGGCCUGUGUGGCCCCCGGAGGGCGCCUGACUGUGGAAUUAGCUCGGUACCUGGUAGACCUGCGACAGGAGCAGCUGCAGGCCUUCUCUGCCCGGGUCGGGGAGCUGGCUCAGAGGGCUGGGUUCAGCCCGCAGCCUGAGGCCAUGUCCUCGGAGACCUUCGCGCGCUUCUACAAGUCCCAGGACUCCUCUCAGGGUGCCAUGGUCACGUCCUCUGAAGUCAUGACUCCACCUCCUGAAAUCAUGGCCAUGCCCCCAGAAGCCAUGGCCCCACCUCUUGAAGCUCUGACCCAGCCUCUUGGAGGCCUGGCCCCACCCUCUGAGCCCCUCAAGCUGCCCCCAGGGUCUCCAGGUUCAGUUCUGGAGAUUCUGGCUUGGCCACAGGAGGCUUUGACUAGGCAGGCUCCCGGUGGGUCAGACCCCAAAGCGAGAGAGUCUGAGCCCAGCCCGGAGGCCAGGGCCCCAGCUUGUCCUGGGGGAGGCUUCACCAACCAGGAGGAAACCCAGCGUCCCGGGGCCCGCAAGGUCACCCCGGACGCCCCUAAACUCACCCUCUGA